UCCUUUCGAACGAGUGUAGUCCUGCGCCAUAGACUAGGUAAGAAUCAUCGUGAUCGCGAGGGUCGUCCGACGGCGAGAUCGGACCGGGAGGAGCGGGGCGCGCGUUCGGUCUCGGUCGCCGCGUUGGGAACUCCUCGCACUCUCGUACGUCAGCGUUCGCGUUCUCUCGUGAGAACACGGUCAUAGCUCAGCUCUCAGGCGAACGGACGCGGACGACCGGCUCUUGGAUCGCACGAAGGGGUUUCCGUAUACCGAUUUGGUUCCACGACUCGAGCGAUGAGCGCUUCAAACGCGGUGAACGCGAUCGUUCGGCGAUAACGCCGGGUUCUAUCACGGACGACAGCAAGUCCUCCAGUCGAGAGCUCGCAUGUCCCGUUGAGUUUCAAGUCUCGACGAGGCGUCGUCUCGUGAUGACGAAGUCGUUUCCGACACGAUCGGCAAUACACGCGUGCUCGCCGGACAUCGGGUCGGCUGGUCGGCCGGUGAUAACGCUGGGAAAAGGUCCAGGCCGCGCGCUGGCGGAUCGUGAUCGCAAGAGUCGUCCGACGGCGAGAUCGGACCGAGGAGAAGCGGGGCGCGCGUUCGCGGCUUGUUCCGACGGUAGACGCGCGCUAAUGUAUAUUUCCAGUAUUUGGCGCAUGAGUACUCGUUCGAACGGAUCAACUUGACACAGACAAAAGUUGUAUGGUGUCAAAUGGGACAUAAGAAGGUAACAUUGAUUAGACCUUGGUUAGCCACUUGAAGGUUACGUGAAGGUCGCCAACAAUAUUUCAAAUGGAAUGCCCUACCUUUUUGGCAUAUUCUUAUAACGUAGGCAUAUUCCUCGUUGAUCGAUUCGUCGACGAUGCGGACGUCCACUGCUGAAUCACAUCCGCGACUUCGUCGUCGCGAGUCGAUACCCCUCGAUUUUCGAUCGUCCUCGCGGGCGCGCGAUACAACGCCAACCAAGUGUCGAACGACGCGCGAAAGGCGUCGGCCAACAAUCGAGUUCGUACAGCCUUGUCGAGCACGCGAUACACCGUUCGGUACGGUUUGUCUCCCUUGUCAUCCAACAGAUACAGAUUCCAGUCGUUCGCUAAGUUUCGCGCAAGAUACGCGUCAUUGAACCCAAGAUAUCCUAAAUUCGAACGCGCGUUCUUGCGACCUGUACGAAUCGAAGCGAAAUUCGCAUAGAUCAGCAUCUUUCACUGUCCACAGCACACGGUCGCUGUUUCUCACGAGAGUACACACAUUGGCGCAUAUCGUCGUGGUCACCGUUCCGCAACGAGACACCAUCAAUCGACAGUUUAGCCGUCUGCGCAAAUUGGACAGGUACUCGCGUUGCAACGCCGCGUACAGAAUCGGUGUCUAUGGUAGGAAAAUAGUCUAACGUGUGCACAAACGUCGCGUCAGACCACCGGAGCACGACACUUCCGUAUAUUCCAGUGCAUCGACAGCGAGCACGUUUCGAUAAUGUCCUUCCUCCGUGACGAACGAUCGGUCGCUUUCCUCCCGCGGAUCAUCGGCUCGGUUGUACUCUUCAGUGUCGCGAUAGCCGCGCUGGUGAACAGUGGUCGACGCGGCAUUGCGAACCAAAUCGAAAAAGUCGGUUGUGCCGGGAUAGUGCACCGCCAACGGACAUAUCACUCGCGCAGCCAUGAUCGCGUUGUUGACGUUGUUACUGUCGAGCGUUGUUUGCACCAUGACUCUUCACCCGUCGCGCGUUAUAUACCAAUCGCUCGCGGACAUCGGAGCGAACGGAAGAAUAUCGCUCGCGACCGAUUCGCCGGACGAUUGUCCGCAUUGACACUGCGUGAUAGAUUACGUGCGAACACAGGGACUGCCCGAUCGAUUCUGGUAACGUCUCGAGACGUACGGUCUCACCGAUCGCGAAACUAUAAAGAGAUUGUUGCUCGGUUGCAAACAUUGUUUCGCCGUUCUCACACCGAGCGAUGCCGGACUGCGCGAUUUGGAGCGAAUCAGUGUGAACGCGCGUUCGAAUUUAGGAUAUCUUGGGUUCAAUGACGCGUACCUUGCGCGAAACUUAGCGAACGACUGGAAUCUGUAUCUGUUGGAUGACAAGGGAGACAAACCGUACCGAACGGUGUAUCGCGUGCUCGAUGAGGCUGUACGAGCUCGAUUGUUGGCCGACGCCUUUCGCGCGUUGCUCGACACUUGGUUGGCGUAGCUCUUCGUUACCUGCGAGACAACGCGCACGCGCAAACUUGUAAAUACGUUGUUCGCGACCGAGUCCACGUGUUUCGAAGUGGCUCUAGCGUCGUACUUUCGCAAGCCACGAGCGCGCGGCGCGAGCGACGAUCGCAACGAUGAACGCUUUCGAGAAUACGACUGCGAAACGGAAGACGACGCCAAACGAACCGACGACGAGACGGAGGAUGAGAAGCGCGCAGAAACCGAAAUUAUCGAUCUGCACCGCGUGUUCGAAAUGAGUGUGUGGUGCCGAGUGAACGACAGACCGACCGCCGAGUCUCUGCAAUACAUAGCGAAACUGAACGCUCGUGAGGUGCGCCGGAAUCAAUUGCCGCACGAUCCACUGAGCAUACUGCCGGUGGUGAGUUACGACAUCGAGACGAUCGCGCGCAUGGACAGAUCUUGCCUCGCGGUGUGGAGGAAGAUCAGCGUUUAGCGUCCAUAGCCGUGACCGUUCAUCAGAGACGAUUCGGCGACGAUGCGAAUCGUUCGCUCAACGAUAGCGGCGUCGUCGUCGGUAGUGGCAUGGACGAGACCACCGUGACACCGAUAAUACUGGCGUACGUUCCGUUUACCACGCAGGAAGAAACGAACGAACGAGAACGACAGGUGCAGUGUUGCGCGCUCAAUGUGGCAUGUCGCGCGCGACGGUGCUGUUUUAUCGGGACGAACGAGCGCUUCUACUCGACGCGCUGGAGAUGCUGUUGAACAACGAGUUCUUUGUCGAUCUGUACGAUUGAACGAUCCGACGGACGCUGCUCGCGUGGCGUGUAUUUUCGUGGGCUACAACAGUUGGGAGUACGAUUACACGUUCCUGGUGAACCGUGCGCUGUACUACGGACUCUACGAUCACGCAUUCCGAGCACUUACGAUGCAUCGCGAGCCGAGAUUCGCCGCGACCCAAGUGAGUUUCGAACUGAUGCUGCACAUGAAGGCGCGAUAUCUCGCAUAAGUGGGCUCGAUCGCGCUGAAGAACGUCUCGAGAUACUUUGGUGCCAACGAGGCGGCUGAACGUUCUUUGACGGGACGUUCUCGGCGCGAAAAGAUGAACUUCGACGCGGUAACGAUUCGUCGAUUGUACUUUGAUCGCGACGGUGGCAGCGAAGUGUUCGAUUCCGGCUCGGCUUUCAACGCGCUCGAUAUUGAUCGCGGUGUUAACAUGUUGCGCGUGGCACUGUACAAUCUGCAAGAUUGCACCGCGGUGUACCAUCUGAUGUAAAAUCUAUUGCUUUUGCCGACGAUAGCUCUGUACUCGCGACAUUUUUACGCCACGCUAUUCGAUUCGUCGCACUCGGGCAACAGUAGACUUUUACCGAACGCCUUCACGGUGCGCGCUCUGCAACGCAGCAACGUUGUACUGCCAUUUCGGUGCAACGAUCACUCGUUGUUCGCGAUGCUGUCGGCGAACCGCAGAUGUAACGGCGACAAAAGAUCACUGGUCUCACCUCGCUCACCGCGGGAGGUCAGUCGAUGGUUUCGCGGUAAACGUUCGCACGAUAGCGACGAAAAGAAAGGAGUCAACGAUGUCACGCUGUCAACGAGGACCGGUCAUACCGCGUUGCCACCGGUGUAUGAUCAGUUGCGACUGACGCGCAUCGACGACGACAAGGUGUACAUCGAAGGCAUCAAUUUGGCAGCACCCAAUCAUUACUCGAGACCGAUUUGUAUUGACUUCGCAUCGUUCUACCCGUCGAUCGGAUGACAGUACGAACUGUCAAUGGAGACGGUUUACGUAUUGACCUGCGAUCAUCUAUUGGCAAUUCACGGCGACGACGAGACUCUGUUGGAUCGAACCAUACGCGACGGAUUGGUGAGAUGCUUCGACUACGAACCAGUGGACUCUUCAUCGCGCAAAAGCACCGGUCAACUGCUGAUCGAGUCCACGGACGAUGACGCGAUGGCGAGGAUGAUAUGUCGCGUUACAUCGCGUUACACGAUUCGCGGUCGAAACUCGCUCGCAGCGGCGGUCGUUCGACGUCAUGGCGGAUGGUACGAAGGCGUCGAUUUUUCGAACGCGCGCGAAAUGAUCGAGUCCAGCAUCGAUCCGACGCGACGACAGAUUCUCGUGGUGUGUCGAAGCGCCACGGUGAACGACGACCGGCCUAUAGUAUGUUCCCUGUGGAGUCACUAUCUGCCUAUGCGGAAGGGCUAAAAAGUCAAGAUGCGCGCGACAGACGACGUGUUUCAGCGACGCGUGUUAGGCUGCAAGGAGAAGAUGUUCAAAGUGGUCGCCAAUUCCAUGUACGGAUACCUGAAUUACAGAUGUAGCGUGGUAUAUUCGCCGCAAGUGGCCGUCGCCGUGACGCUGUUGUCGCGAAAGACCUUUCACGAAACCGCCUGGAUAUGCAAAGCGGUUACCCGCGGUUGUUGCGCGUUCCCCGGUAUCUUUGCGUGGUCAAUGGCGAUAACGGUGAUGGUGACGGUGUCGCGUUGUCGCGUCGCGAGAUUCGAUGCGACGUGAUCUACCGCGAUACGGACGGGCUCAUCCUGUGCGUGUCGACGCUGGGCGUAUCGUCGCUCGAAGGAGCAAACGAUGUCUCGAAUCUCAACAAAGGACCAAAAUUCCACGCCAUGGACGCUGAUCAGCAACGAGAGUACGAGGCGCUGAUAGUGCGACUGAUCAAUCGAACGUUUCGACGCUACAACUGCCCACUGAUCGCUAUCGAUUUGAAGGAUUCGGGCGUGGAAACGUGCAGCAUAAUGGGCAAGAAGAAAUACUGGAAAACACUGGAGCUCGCGCGAGGCCGUUUUGUCACCAAAGGAUUCGAGAAAAAUGUCCAGGAAUUCGUUAAACGUACGGUGAACACGUUACAGCGCAAUGUCGCGAGUAUCCUCGCGACGCGUCCCGAAGUGGCUCGUUGCCGACUCGUGAUCGAGGAUCAAGUGGCGUUUUUCGUAGCGAUGUUCGCGUCGCUGAAUCGUUACUACGCGUCGCACGGCGUCGAAGCGUUCGCUUUCAAUCUGGCGCUCAAUCCGUGCAGUGUGGUCAGAUCGGAAGCCAGUCUCAUUCAAGCCACGAUGGAAAGGUACGGUUACAGUCCGGGUGAUUGCGUGCGCUGCGUGUUUGCGUUGGACGUUGAGGAUCCGAACGCGAUCAAAUUUUGUCUAGUGCGGGAUUUUCGCUCGGAUCGCGAUCGAUUGAAUUACUACAAGAUCGUUAGACGACUCGCUGUUUACUUCGUACAAUCGGUGGAGGGAUUCAAACGCGGCAGUAUCGAUGAUCCGCUGACCAAACGCACGUACACGACCGCCGUCGAAUUCGAUCGUACGCUGCAACGAGCGUACGCGACCUGGUUGAAACGAGCAGCGAACAACGAUCGUGGCGCCACGGACUCGCUGUUCGACGACUCGUCAUCGACUCGCUCGAUCGCAGCCACCUGGACUCGAUGGCUCGAACGAAACGCUGCUUCCGUGCGACUGACCGUGGUCCCGUAACGAUUCGCAGAAUGCUCGACGCUAUACGAUCGGUUUUCGUUCGCGCGAUGCGAAAAUAUUCCGUAAUAACGAUAUACAAAGAUAAUAACAGGCGCGAUUGUACGGUUUCUUUCUCGUCGCGACGACAGAGAAGCAAAUGCGAACUUUCACGGCAACUCUGUCGCUCGAAUCAUUCGCGAUCUUAUUCGUACGAUAAAGCGUCGUUUUUCACGUCGGACGACGAGUGCAUAUUCUCCGUAUGAAUGCGACGAAACGGCCCAGAUGUAUACGUUGUCGUAAAAAACGAACAAUAAGAAACACCAUGGCCAUCCAGCGGUCGCUAGAUCGACUAUUUUCGCGAUGUAAGCACGCACGACGGGAAGCGCGACAGCGACGACGGCCUCACUUUUUCGUUGCCCUUCGCACCGGUGCAACGUCGAAUCACCGCCUCCUUCGAGGACACUCGCAUCGUCGCGUUUCUCACAAUCGAUAUCGUUCAACAAUCGCGAAAUCUCCUCGCUAUCGUACAAUUUGUAUUGUCGCGAUUUCGUCCAGAAUCGAUUCAUCGUUUUUUUUCGCGAUUUCCAAUCCAACACAUCCGAGAGAACGUUACGACGUUCGCUCGAUCGAUCGAUAAAUCGGCGGUCGAUUGAAGAAAAGCAAUCGCGAGAAACAACGGUGCCGCAACGAAUGCGGCAUUGACGGUUAUUGCGGUCUUGAUGCUGCGUACGGUCGAUCGCCUCGCCAUCGCAAUUGCGAUUCGGUUUCUCAAAUAGGCACUUCGAUCGCGCGCGUCAACGCGCACCGCCGAAACAAUUCGUCGAUCCUUGUGAACUAGGAGUUGAGAUAAAAAUAGACAAUUUUUAAUAUUCAUUGUUCAUCGUUCAUUCGCUUCAUUCACCGCACAAUACGCAAAUGCAUUCUCUCGCUGCACCAAGAUAAGUCAACGAUCGUAGGACGAUAAAACCGAUGUGAUGACGACUGCGACAAGAGAUGAGCAAUGGAGACGAAGAAUGCGCCACCGUUUCGUUCCAGGCAAGUGCCGAUCGAUCGCGUAUCAGCGACCACCGAUCGAUCGAAUAUUGUGUCAAGCGUGGUGUACAGCGCGCUUGACGAUUACGAUCGGCAAUUGUUGUAACGAGUGAUCUUCGUGGAGGAGGCGCUCCAAUUUACAUUCGCAUCAGAUCGCAACGAAUCGACGCGGUUCGAGUACGACGACGCAACGACAUCGUCGCACAGAUGCACGGAUCCUCGCGACUCGUGCGAAAGCACUCGUACUUGUAACAUCGCUGCUCGCGCCCCCCUCAUCGAUCAUAUCUUGUCGUGCAUCUCUCUGUAUUUUUCAUAUUUUUACGACGUAGUCAAUAGCGUGUCGUACAUCGUACCCAUGGAAAUCGACAGCGGUGGCGACGGAGCCGUUCCGUUCGGUACUCUGUACGACCCUCAAUCGGGAGAAUUGUACAUCUGCUGCGACGAGCAUAUUCUCGAGAAAUAUCUGAUCGCCGCCGAAGGAAUACCGGAUCGAAUAACGGUCGAAUAACGGUCAACGAUAUCGUCGUGCCGCUCGCGACGGACACGGUCGAUUCUUUGUACGAGGGUUACUGCUCGAACGUGGAUCGACGAGUGUUCUCGAUAUUGGCGGUCGUUCUGAAUAUCGAGCGUCUGGUCUACGAUUCGUUGAGCAUGGUGACCAUCGAACGAACCUUGGCUGAAUUAACGUUCGCUCACUACACUCUGGGUGCUAAGAUCGAUCGCGAAGUCGAUACCGCGACGUCGUUCGCAUUCCCAAAGUCCGAUACCAUUGCGGAUUCUCGCGCGAGUUUCCUCACGUUUCGAGCGAGCACCGUCGAUCUGGCUGACUGUUUUCUAUAAUUCGCGCUCUGAAGAAUAAGCAUCGCGCAAGUCCGUUAACCGAUAUCGCACAGCAUCGACGAUAACGCUAUGGUCGUUGAUUGGAACGUGUGGUAUCAAACGGGCAUCGUUUGCUUCUUCGUUCUGCUGGGUGGACUAACCGCUUUGUUGAUCUAUCUUUGGCAAUCCGAGCCCGGUGAUCGCUUGGCCGCGUACAUGACACGAUACAUCGACGCUUGUCACGUGAUCCGAUCGCUGCGACGAAUAUCACCGUCGAACGAGGAAUUUGAACGCAACAAUGCGAUAAACUACGAAUCGAACGCGAGCGAUAACGAAGAUUCGACCGAUGACGAGGAACCAGCGCACGAUUCAUCGCUCGUGAUCGUCGAUAGGACGCCAGACUCGAUCGACGCCGAGGACGAAGAUCAAACGAAUAAUCGACCAUUGCUGAUCGUACCGAAAUCACUGUCUGUUUUGUCAUCCGUAAGAAGCGAAUCGCAGUCCGAGUCCAGUGAAAUUAUGAAUUCAAUGAGAUCGUUCACGGCUCGAACAAACCGCGCCGUCGAUUCGACGAGCUCGGAACUCGCAAUCGCGGCGACAUCGUAUCCGAACGAGUACGAAAAGGUCUUCGUCAACGCGGCAUUGUUCGAUUCGACGUAUUGUCCGAACGAUUACGAGAUCGUCCUCGUUGACACCGUCCAAAGCCGUCGACACGCCGUCGUCCGAAGCCGUUGACACGCCGUCAUCCGAAGCCGUCGACACGCCGUCGUCCGAAGCCGUCGACACGCCGUCGUCCGAAGCC